UGCAAAUGCAAAGUAUGUAAACUGUUGAAAAAAAAGAGACUCCAAUUGAUGCUGUUUUUGUGUGCAAAAGUAUUUGGUCUAAUAAAAUUUUAAUAUUAAAAUUAAAGUAAAAAAUGCCUGUAAAUACGGGACGAUACGUUCGCGAUAAAACUGCCGACAAGACUUAUGGGGGAGAUGACGGUACCACUCCAAGGGACGGAGGUGCCUCAGAAAAUAAAUUACUUCAAGUCAAGGAAAACAUUGAAACAGAUGCUCUUUAUGGCUUUCAUAGAGACACUGAUGUCAAGGAAAGAAUUGGAUUUCUGUUCAAUAUGCAUACCACUGAUAUACUUCAAGAGGACAAGCAACUAGUUUCCGGUGUUGAUUUUUACUUUUUGGAAGAAGACUGUUCUCGAUUUAAAAUUUCUUUGCCAUAUCAUCCAUAUUUUUACAUCUUAUGCCGUGAAGGUUCACAUCAAGAGCUUAUCACAUAUCUGCUAAAAAAAUUUACUGGUUUUUUACUUGGAGCUGACAUUGUCGCAAAAGAGGAUCUUGACUUGCCAAACCACCUGUCUGGUUUAAAAAGAGAUUAUAUAAAAUUGUCUUUUGUCAAUUCCAACAACAUGCAAAAGGUUAAAAAAGAUAUAGCGAAUGUCGUCAAAGUGAAUAAAGAGCGUGAAAAGAGUAACACGCAUUACUCAAAACUAUUAGCCAAAACUUUCAACCAUCGUGAACAGGAUACAAAAAAAAUAAUCGAUCAAAUGGACAAUAUACUAGAUAUGAGAGAGCACGAUGUACCUCAUCACGUGAGAGUAUCCAUUGACCUGGAGAUUUUCGUUGGAAAAUGGUACUCUGUUAAAAUCAGAGGUACAUCUCAGCCAGCUAUUAUAACUCCAAGGUCAGAUAUCGUUGAGCCUCCUGAGCCUAUAGUUUUGGCAUUUGACAUCGAAACUACGAAAUUACCUCUUAAAUUUCCAGAUGCCAACACUGAUCAAAUCAUAAUGAUUUCUUACAUGUUGGAUGGACAGGGUUUUUUGAUAAACAAUCGAGAAAUAAUUUCUGCUGACAUUGACGAUUUUGAAUAUAGUCCAAAGCCCGAGUUUGAGGGUUUUUUCACAGUUUGGAACGAAGCCAAUGAAAAAGCUUUAAUAAAUAAGUUUUUUAAUCAUAUUAAUCAAAUCAAGCCACACAUAUUUGUAACCUACAAUGGCGAUUUUUUUGACUGGCCAUUUAUUGAAACAAGGGCUGCCAUUCAUAACAUUGACAUGAAGGAGAGAAUAGGUUUUUCUAAAAACAAAGACAAUAUUUACUGUAGUAGGCCGGCAAUACAUUUUGAUUGUCUGUGUUGGGUAAAACGAGACUCAUACCUACCCGUGGGAUCACAAGGUCUCAAGGCAGUGGCUAAAGCAAAAUUACGGUAUGAUCCAGUCGAGUUAGAUCCCGAAGACAUGUGCAGAUUGGCAGCUGAAGAACCGGAAGUCUUGUGCAAUUAUUCGGUAUCGGAUGCUGUAGCGACUUACUAUUUGUAUCAAAAAUAUGUGCAUCCUUUUAUUUUUGCAUUGUGCACGAUUAUCCCCAUGGAGCCAGAGGAAGUGUUGCGCAAAGGCUCGGGAACUCUGUGCGAGUCGCUGCUCAUGGUGGAGGCUUACCGUGCCAAUGUUAUAUAUCCAAACAAGCAAGAAGCUGAGUUGACCAAAAUGACUAAAGAUGGACAUUUACUAGACGUUGAAACUUACGUUGGUGGUCAUGUAGAGGCUCUGGAAUCCGGCGUAUUCAGGGCCGAUAUUCCUUAUCGUUUUAAAAUAAUACCGAGUGCAGUUGAAGAGUUGAUGGGCGGUGUUGAGAAAGCACUUAAACACGCCAUCGAGGAGGAAGAGAAGGUGCCAAUGUCGGAUAUAAUUAAUUUCGAGGAAGUUGUCGAGGAAAUAAAAACCAAACUGGAAUCCCUUCGCGCCCAGCCAUUAAGAACCGAAAAGCCGUGCAUCUAUCAUCUGGACGUCGGUGCCAUGUAUCCCAACAUUAUACUGACGAAUCGUCUGCAGCCGUACGCGAUGGUCGAUGAAUCCGUGUGCGCAGCCUGCUGUUACAACAAACCCGGCGCCAAAUGCCAGCGUAAUAUGGAAUGGAUGUGGCGGGGCGAGUAUCUCAAGGCCACGGCCGGCGAGUACCAGCGUAUCCAGCAGCAGCUCGAAACCGAAAAGUUUCCGGCGACCCUGUCGGGUGGCAAGCUCCGUGCCUUUCACCAGCUGAGCCGUCAGGAGCAGGUUGCCAUCGAAAAGAAACGAUUAUCCGAGUAUUGCCGGCGUACCUACAAAAAGGUCAAGGAGACGAGGACCGAGGAGCGCAGCCAGACCAUAUGCCAGAGGGAAAAUUCGUUCUACGUCGACACUGUGAGAGCGUUCCGGGACCGACGCUACGAGUACAAGGGACUGACGAAGAAGGCCAAACAGCAGGUGGCCCAAGCCAUUAUCGACAACGACGCUGCCGCCGUAAAGUCGGCCAAGAGUCGCGAAGUCUUGUACGACUCGCUUCAACUGGCGCACAAGUGUAUCCUGAACUCGUUCUACGGCUACGUGAUGCGUAAGGGUUCGCGUUGGUUUAGCAUGGAGAUGGGUGGCAUCGUGUGUUACACCGGUGCCCAUAUAAUAAUGAAAGCACGGGAGAUAAUCGAGCAGGUGGGUAGGCCCCUCGAGCUCGACACCGACGGUAUCUGGUGCAUACUGCCGGGCUCGUUUCCCGACAACGUCGUUCUCAAGACCCGCAAUCCAAGCAGAGCCAAGCUGGUUGUCUCUUAUCCAAACGCCAUGCUGAAUUUCAUGGUCAAUGAUCAGUUUACAAAUGAUCAAUACCACGAGCUGAUUUUAACCAAUGAUGGUAGAACGCGUGAUUACAAGAUACGCAGCGAAAAUUCGAUUUUUUUUGAAGUCGAUGGCCCUUAUCUGGCAAUGGUUCUGCCUGCCGCCAAAGAAGAGGGCAAAAAAUUGAAAAAGCGCUACGCCGUCUUUAACUUUGACGGCUCGCUGGCCGAGCUCAAGGGCUUCGAGAUCAAGAGGCGAGGCGAGCUGCGACUUAUCAAGCUCUUUCAAUCUUCGGUGUUUGAAGCCUUCCUCAAAGGGUCCACCCUAGCCGAGUGCUACGCCUCGGUGGCCAAAGUAGCUGACUACUGGCUCGACAUUCUCUACAGCAAGGGCUCGGCUCUUCAGGACCCGGAGCUCUUUGACCUAAUCUCCGAAAAUAAAUCCAUGUCGAAGAAAUUGGACGAGUACGGGGCCCAAAAGUCCACCUCGAUAUCGACCGCCAAGCGCCUUGCCGAAUUUCUCGGUGACGAAAUGGUCAAAGACGCGGGGCUCGCCUGCAGGUACAUUAUAUCGCAAAAGCCCACGGGCUCGCCAGUCACCGAGAGAGCCGUCCCAUUGGCGAUAUUCCAGGCUGAUCCUAGCGUGGCGCGCCAUCAUCUGCGACGGUGGCUCAAGGACCCGAGUAUCCAGGAUAUCGAGAUACGCGAUAUUCUCGAUUGGCAAUAUUACAUUGAACGACUCGGCAGUGCCAUACAAAAGAUCAUAACCAUUCCCGCGGCGAUGCAGGGCUUGCCGAAUCCAGUACCACGAGUCCGACAUCCGGACUGGCUGCACAAGAAGCUGCUGGAAAAAACUGAUGGUAGAAGGCAGCGCAAGAUAACCGAUAUUUUUCAACGCGAAGCAGCUCCCGUUGCUAGGAGAAACGACAACGAUGAGGCAGAUAUAGAAGAUGUCACUGAUGAAAAUGAACGCUAUAAACUCAAGCCGCUUGUAGCCAGCGUCACAAAAAGAAAGCGGACUUUUAUGGAUGAAGAGCGAGAGGAAGCCGAAAAGGAGAGCCACAGUCUGUUGACAGACAACUGGAGAAAAGUUUUAGGAAAUCCACCGCAGAUUGGAGAGUCGCAGAUAGAAUUUCAAGUUUGGCUAGCAUUCCACAAAGAGAAAUGGAAAUAUCAAGCAAAACAAAGAGCGGAGAGAAAAAAGUUGUGUACCACAAAGCGAUCCAGAUUGGAUCAUUUCCAGACUGCAGGUCCAGCUAAUACUCAGAAAAGUAAGAGUACGACUUUACUCGGUGGUUUUUUGCAACGUAAACAACAAAAACUCUUGGAAACUCCUUGGCAAAUUAUACAGAUAGCCGAAACGAACGAGCCAGGACUGUUUCGUUUAUGGAUUCUGGUUGAUCAGGAUUUACAUCAAGUGCGCUUAACUGUCCCUAGAAUAUUUUACGUCAAUACUCGACAGGAGAGAAAAGAAAAAGAAAGCACCAACAGAUCUUGGAAACAAUGUCACAAGAUAUUACCGCGCUCUCGACCUGUUUACAAUUUGUAUCGGUACUCGGUACCCGAGAAAUUUUUCAAAUGUCACAGCCAAACGAUAAUGCACGACUUGAUUGAUCCUGAUAUUGAGGGAAUUUACGAAACGCAAAUGUCUCUUGAGUUUCGGGCAAUAAUGCAGCUUGGAUGUGUAUGUGCUGUUGCCAAAGAAGCAAUGAGAGAGUUGAGAAGCGGAACCGAUAAUUUUCAAUUGGAUCAACUAGUUUACAGAAACAUCGCUUCACAACCAUAUUUACAAAAUAUUGAUAAAGUGAAAAACAUAUUUUUAUAUCACCAUUGGUCUGCUAGCAGUAAUUACCGUAGAGCUAUGUGGGGUUUGUUUUUGUCAGGAAGUAAAACGUGUCAUAUAUUUGUACUGGAUACUGUUAGAACUGAUCGUAUGCCCAACAUGAGCACACUCUACGUUAAUGAAAGAAACAAGGCUAUUGAAUUGGGUGAAGUUAAAAAUAUUAAUUCAACACCAGAGUCACUAAAGUUCAACAUUCGAGUGGAAACUGAUGUUAAAGUUAUUUAUAGUCAACUCCAAAAUGCUCUUAAAAAUUACAAGAAAGAAAGUCAAGGUGCUACAAUGAUGAUUAUUCAGUCUCCAAUAGUGACAUCCACGUUGACGGAUAAAAUGCCCUUUUUGAAUGAAUUUCCGAUAGUAAAGGCACACAUUCAAGAUUUAGAUAAUCUCUAUGAUACAUUGGAUUGGCAAAGAAACGGUUCUAAGAUAAUGCUUAGACAUUACUUCAAAAGCGAACAGGUGGUAAAAAGCUUGAUAGAGCAAGCUUGUUACUUUUAUGCACCUAUAGGAAAUUUACCAAUGGAUUUGAUAGUAUUUGGAGCGGACCUAUUUUAUGCCCGCCACUUACAGAAAGCUAAUUUUGUGCUGUGGUGGUCUUCCACGGAAAAACCUGAUUUCGGAGGAAGCGAAAACGAUGAUAGCAGACUUUUGACAGACUUUGAAGAGAGUUCAGGUUGUGUUGUAAAUAAUUCUGGAGCCUACUCUAAUGUUUGCUUUGAACUAGAUGUUGUAAGUUUAGCUGUUACUGCACUAGUUCAAGCAAAUCGAAUCAACGACAUAGACGGCACGAGCUCUUAUGUUGCCUUUCAUAACGCUCAACAAGUUUCUUUGCAAGAUAUGGUAAUGAACGAUGGAAUUCCGGUAGCACCGUCGUAUGAUGAAACAGUAUUAUGCAUGCCUGCCUUUAAAAUUUUGAAAAUCAUGGUCAGCACAUGGUUAAAAGAAGUUAGCAAUUUUAAAAAUCAAUAUGCCGAUUUCUUGCUUGUACAUUUUUACAGAUGGUUACGUUCACCAUCAUCAUUCCUUUACGAUCCUGCUUUGAGACGAACGUUACAUGAUUACUCGAAAAAAUUAUUUAUCCAACUGGUAGCAGAAUUACAAAAGCUGGGAUCAGAAAUUGUUUUUGCAGAUUUUACUAAAAUCAUUUUAAGCACGAACAAAAGAGAAGUUGAGGAUGCGUACAGUUAUACACAGUACAUCAUACAGUCCAUUUUGACCAAAGAAUUAUUUCAUAGUAUUUAUUUUGAUGUCAGCAAUUGUUAUGAGUAUCUUGUCUGGCUGGAUUUGUCUAAUCAUGGUGGAAUCAAAAGGAAAAUUACCUCUGAUCAAGAGGUAGGAGAGUUGGAAGAAUCACCAACAGACAAUGCUGCAGAGUUUAUUAUGAAUUGGAGUAUCGUGGACUAUAUCCCUGUAGAAAUAUGUCAAGUUACUUUUACCAAAACCAUAUCUGCAUACUAUGGUACAAUUUAUACAGAGUCGCAAAGUAAACCUCCAGAAGAAGUAAAAUCUUUAGCAAAACAACUUAUUUCUGGUGAAAUGUCACAAAAAUUAUUUCACUACGUGCAGUCAAUAUACAAAAAAAUUCCUGAAAAAGUUCUUACAAUGGAACAAUAUCCGCAUCUUAAUUACGAGCCUAAUUCUACCAGAAUGAUUAUUAAUCCUGCUCUUGAGCUAGCCAAAGCCAUAUGCAAGAUUUUAUCCUUGGACACUCAAAUAGAGGAAGAAGUUGCCAACAUGUUUAGAAAUUUAUUGAGAUUGAUAGACGUUGGAGCCUUUAGUGAUAAAGCCGAGUGGAAAGAUCCUUGCACAUCGUUCAUCUUACCCGAAGUAUUGUGCGAGAACUGUAACCAUGUCAGAGAUAUAGAUCUCUGCAAAGACAGUUAUCAGGAUGUUGAAGACAACAAACAUGUUUGGAAAUGUCCACAUUGUGGGUCAACUUAUGAUAAUGAUCAAAUAGAAUUUUCGCUCAAUGACAUAUUGAAUCGUAAAAGCAUGGCUUUCGUCAUACAGGACGUACAGUGUUUAAAGUGCUUAGAAGUUAAACAAGACAAUAUAGUUCCGAGAUGCUCUUGUUCAGGAUUCUUUAAAACGUUAUUACCAAAAGAUAAUCUUGUGAGAACGUUAAAGAUUUUUAGAUCGAUAUCUGCAAAGUGUAUGAUGCCCAUUUUAGCUGAAAAUAUCGAAUUUAUGCUGACAAAUGUAAACUAAUAAGAUGAGUGAUGAUAUCAGUUUUGUAAGCAAAAUAGCAAAUAAAAAGUAGGGUAUACGUGAAUAUAU